AUGGUAUAUCGUUGUAGUUAUAAACUACUAUUGUACGUCUUUAUUACUCUCGCCCAACAUCUGAUAGCGCCGCACUCUGUUUUUUGGACGAUGCCGAAUAAAAAGGGCGAAUAUUUAGUGGUGGGAUACGAGGCCCAACACCUUUGGAACCGCUGUUCGGCCACUCCUGGGACCCGUAUACCAACAAAUAGAGACAGUACAAUGGACUGUUCAGUUAAUCCGUUGAAGGAGUUGUCAACCGUUGACACAAUUUUGAAAAGUGCUGCUGAUGGUAGGCCAAGGGGAAGGGACCAGAUGGGUCGUUUAGGGCCAAAUAACACCAACAGAGAACAUCAGUUUCUAACUCGUGGUUUUGGGAGAGUGGACCAUUUAGAGGGACCCCCUGCACCUAUAAAAGAUACGCCGCAGUUGUAUCCGGGUGCAGAGGUGACAAGAUCUGAAGGCUGGGUGGACCAGUUUGCACAGUUGAACGUGAAUGAUGGGAAUAAAGUAGAGAGGGCAUGGCACCCCAGGGGACAACCCCCACUGUCUCAGUACAACUUUGGAAACGUUGAUAUUGGGUUUGAGGAAAGGACUUACCCGAUGUAUGCACCAACACACAGUUACGCGAUGCAUUCUAUGGAACCGGUCACUACUUGUAAUACCUUAGAUUCAGAGGAGUUGGAUAAAGAGUUCGAAGCCCUAGAGCAGCAGUUGCGCGGCUCUUCUGGUACACCGGGGAUAAUGAGGGAGGAAACCGUUGAGUUUCGCGAUACGGCAAGACAGAUAGUUUCCUUUAGUGAGGAAUCUGCACACCCGACGCUCGCAAGUUCUAAGUUUAUUCAGUUAAUGAGGAAAGUUGAGCAAGGUUCUGUGGACAUUGAACCGGAUAAAAAACAGUUGAUAUCCAAGGACGAUGGCAGUGCAAUAGGGCCUGAUUUUAUCGAAGUCGACGAGGUAUAG